AUGGCAUCACUGCAUAGUUCUAGAUGGAAGCAGCAUGUACUAAAGGAGAUGCAAGACUAUGGUAAAAUAUGUGCAGUCUCGAAGAACGUUUCCGACCAUGCGAAUCCCAGACGCGCGUCUACCUGUCUUCCUAUGCCGUUGCCUUCUGCCUUCGGUCUUGUUCGUCGUCCUUAUUCUGCGACGCAGCUUCCGAAUUAGACUCGUCUAAAGGGUCGAAGGUGCAUCCAAAAGGGAUUACGAGGCAUGGAUAAAUUAAAAGCCGAUGAGUCCCUUGAUUCUAUUCCACGCACGAGACGCCCAGCCACCCGGGGGCGCAGAAGCAUGAGCAAAGAAAUCCGUACCG